UGUUGGACGCUGGCGGUUAGUUAGUGAGUGAGUGACCCUUUGGGCGUCGUCGCGCCGCCGCGUCGAAGAAAGAGGCCGUCCGGCAGUCAAUAACCACUUCCAAUCCCCCACCCGGCUUUCAGCCCGCGGAAAGCUUCACUCUCGCUCACUCCUCCUCCCUCUCUUGUUUCUACGUCUAACCCCAUCCCUCGCUGGUCGGACACCUUUUACAACUGCUCCCUUCCCCCCGCUAACAACCAUUCGCUCCGCUCCGAAUCUGCAGGAUUCCCGACAGGAACUCCCGCCAAACAUCCGACUUUGCCUCACCCAGGCAUCGCGCGACCUCGACAUCCGAUAGCUCCUGCAUCCCAUUCAGACUUUCGCGGGAAGGGUCUCUGGGAAGAUCACCUCUAGUUCUUUUCUUCUGAUUUUGACGGGCGAUUGAUCCACCCUCCUCUUUCAAGAUGCCUGACGUUAAGAGAAAUGUCAGAUUGGUGACCGAGCAGCACAUCGUGAACAAGGACUCCGGCGUUGAAGGAUUCCCCCUCCGAUCAUGGUCAAUUGAGAUCUACGUUGUCAAUGAGCACGGCGAGCAGGUGCCUGCGAAUGUCUUUGACAAGGUGACAUACACGCUGCACCCUAGUUUCGGCGACAGGGCCAUUCAGACUUUCAAGAACCCCCCUUUCAGAAUCUCAGAGGAAGGAUGGGGUGAGUUCGACAUGCAGAUAGGCCUCACUGCCGCCGACAAGGAGCACUUCGUUACGCACGAUCUGAACUUUGCUCAGCCCCGUUACGAAUCCAAGCACGUUAUUACGUUCAAGAACCCCAAGCCUGCCCUACUAGCCCUCCUCCGCGAAUCCGGACCCGUCCCAGGGGACGAGAAUGGCGUGAAGUCGAAACGCGCCGCAACCGGAGAGGAGGGGUCCAAGAAGAAGAAGCGGACAGAGAAGAGUGUCGACAUGGACAAGCUGGCCGACGGUCUGCAGCGACUCGGCGAAGACGACCUCCUUCAGGUAGUACAGAUGGUGCACGACAACAAAGCCCCAGACUCGUAUACCAAGAACGAUGUUGAGCAGGGAGAAUUCCACGUCGACCUAUAUACUCUUCCAGACACCCUAAUCAAGAUGCUGUGGGAUUUCACGCAGGAGAAAGGCGCUUUGUGAACAAAAACAACUACAACUUACUAGUUACCCCAUGAUAUUUUCUCUUUCCUUUUUGUUCUUAUCAGACCUCUUUUGGGCGAAACAAUUGCUAUCUUGUUGUAUCUCUCUGGCUGUUAUUUUCCCUCCUCCUCCCCUUAUUCCACUCAAAGUUACUAACUAACUACUUACGGAGUACUUUACUUACUUUACUGGCUACAUUUCGCAUCUAUGAACACUACUACUAGGACUUGUCUAUUGUCUAUCUUGCUUACUUACCUGUCUAUCUACUAGCCUCCACCUGCGUUGUAUUUUUUUGGGUGUGCUUUCUCUCAUUAUCACAAAAGCAAAACAAACAGGAAGAAGAAAUCGAAGUGGUAAAUGGAUGGUUGGAUGGAUGGACGGGUAAUAAUGAUUCGUUUGUGCAAUAAAGUAGCGGAACAGAGACAGAAGGAGGGAGUUGAGGGGGGGGGAAUAAGUACC